CUUCCGCUUUCUUCCUGUGCUCCAGUCAUCUCAGCAGAGAAGGCCUACCACGAGCAGCUGUCCGCCUGCUUUGAACCCUCCAAUCAGAUGGUCAAGUGUGACCCCCGCCACGGCAAAUACAUGGCCUGCUGCAUGCUCUACCGCGGAGAAGUGGUGCCCAAGGAUGUGAACGCCGCUAUUGCCACAAUCAAGACCAAGCGCACCAUCCAGUUUGUGGACUGGUGUCCCAUAGGUUUCAAGGUUGGCAUUAACUACCAGCCGCCCACAGUGGUGCCCGGGGGAGACCUGGCCAAGGUCCAGCGGGCAGUCUGCAUGCUGAGCAACACCACAGCCAUCGCCGAGGCCUGGGCACGCCUCGACCACAAGUAUGGCCUGAUGUAUGCCAAGCGGGCAUUUGUGCACUGGUACGUGGGCGAGGGCAUGGAGGAAGGGGAGUUCUCUGAGGCCCGAGAAGACCUGGCUGCCCUGGAGAAGGAUUACAAAGAAGUGGGAACAGAGUCCAUGGACGGUGAGGACAAGAGUGAGGAGUUCUAG